GCGGUUCGUACGGGAGCCACUGGGUUGCACUAAGUCUUGGCCAUCGGACUGUCUUGAAUCAGGACAGAGGACUCGAAAGAGUGUGCUCGUGCUCAUCCAUCUCUUCGAUAAAUCAUGGCGGGUGGCGCGGCUCCAGAAGUUCUGAAGCAGCUGAGCGAUGCUGGACUCAACGGACCGCAGAUCCUUUACAACUUGAGCCCUCCUGAGCUGUAUGAGCAGGCACUGAAGCACGAGAAGGGAUCAUUCAUUACAUCGACGGGAGCCAUCGCCACGCUUUCGGGCGCGAAGACCGGUCGUUCACCCAAGGACAAGCGCGUCGUCAAAGAUGAGACCACCGCACAGGAGCUCUGGUGGGGAGAAGGCUCGCCGAACAUCGAGAUCGACGAUGCAACUUUCCUGGUCAACAGGGAGCGUACGCUGAAUUACCUCAACUCCUUGGAAAAGGUGUUUGUGAACGAUCAGUUCCUUAACUGGGACAAGCAGAACCGCAUCAAGGUCCGCAUCGUCGCAGAGAGGGCUUACCACUCCCUCUUCAUGAGGAACAUGUGCAUUCGGCCGGAGGCGAGCGAGCUGGAGGGGUUCGUCCCAGAUUUCACCAUCUUCAACGCCGGCAAGUUCCCCGCCAACAAGCUGACCAAGUUCAUGACGACCUCCACUAGCGUGARCAUCAACCUGAAGAGGGCRGAGAUGGUCAUCCUGGGCACGCAGUACGCCGGGGAGAUGAAGAAGGGCCUGUUCGGACUGAUGCACUACCUGAUGCCCAAGCGGGGAAUCCUGUCCCUCCAUUCCGGAUGCAACACCUCGCCCGAAGGUCAAGUCUCCGUCUUCUUCGGGCUCUCAGGAACCGGCAAGACAACGCUGUCGGCUGAUCCCCGUCGUCCUCUGAUCGGCGACGACGAGCACUGCUGGAGCGACAGCGGAAUUUCGAACAUUGAGGGAGGAUGCUAUGCCAAGUGCAUUGACCUCUCAGCGGAAAAGGAGCCGGAUAUCUUCCACGCCAUUCGCUUCGGAACAGUGCUGGAGAACGUCGUCUACGAUGAGAAGACCAGAGUCGUCGACUAUGCCGACAAGUCGAUCACAGAGAAUACGAGGGCGUCGUACCCGAUCGAGCACAUUGCCAAUGCCAAGAUCCCAUGCGUGGGACCCCAUCCCAAGAACGUCAUUCUUUUGACGUGCGAUGCCUUUGGAGUGCUGCCACCCGUCAGCAAGCUCACCGAUGCCCAAGCCAUGUACCACUUCAUCAGCGGCUACACGGCUCUGGUUGCGGGAACUGAGGUGGGGAUCAAGGAGCCCAAGGCCACGUUCUCGGCUUGCUUCGGCGCCGCGUUCAUCAUGUACCACCCGACCAAGUACGCUGCCAUGUUGGCCGAGAAGAUGAAGCAGUACGGGGCCACCGCAUGGCUCGUCAACACCGGAUGGGUCGGAGGCAGCUAUGGCGUUGGCUCCCGAAUGAAGCUCGCACAGACGAGGAAGAUUAUUGACGCUAUCCACGACGGUUCGCUCGAGGUUGCCAACUUCUCCACGACUCCCAUUUUCAACCUUCAAGUCCCCGACAAAGUCAGCGGUGUCCCCGACGAGGUUCUGCGACCAAGGGAAAUGUGGGCGGACAAGGCUGCGUACGACGAGACCCUGAAGAAGUUGGCAGGGCUGUUCAAGCUGUACGAGCAGGCACUGAAGCACGAGAAGGGAUCAUUCAUUACAUCGGCGGGAGCCAUCGCCACGCUUUCGGGCGCGAAGACCGGUCGUUCACCCAAGGACAAGCGCGUCGUCAAGGAUGAGACCACCGCACAGGAGCUCUGGUGGGGAGAAGGCUCGCCGAAUAUCGAGAUCGACGAUGCCACUUUCCUGGUCAACAGGGAGCGUACGCUGAAUUACCUCAACUCCUUGGAAAAGGUGUUUGUGAACGAUCAGUUCCUUAACUGGGACAAGCAGAACCGCAUCAAGGUCCGCAUCGUCGCAGAGAGGGCGUACCACUCCCUCUUCAUGAGGAACAUGUGCAUUCGGCCGGAGGCGAGCGAGCUGGAGGGGUUCGUCCCAGAUUUCACCAUCUUCAACGCCGGCAAGUUCCCCGCCAACAAGCUGACCAAGUUCAUGACGACCUCCACUAGCGUGAACAUCAACCUGAAGAGGGCGGAGAUGGUCAUCCUGGGCACGCAGUACGCCGGGGAGAUGAAGAAGGGCCUGUUCGGACUGAUGCACUACCUGAUGCCCAAGCGGGGAAUCCUGUCCCUCCAUUCCGGAUGCAACACCUCGCCCGACGGUCAAGUCUCCGUCUUCUUCGGGCUCUCAGGAACCGGCAAGACAACGCCGUCGGCCGACCCCCGUCGUCCUCUGAUCGGCGACGACGAGCACUGCUGGAGCGACAGCGGAAUUUCCAACAUCGAGGGAGGCUGCUAUGCCAAGUGCAUUGACCUCUCAGCGGAAAAGGAGCCAGAUAUCUUCCACGCCAUCCGCUUCGGAACAGUGCUGGAGAACGUCGUCUACGAUGAGAAGACCAGAGUCGUCGACUAUGCCGACAAGUCGAUCACAGAGAAUACGAGGGCGUCCUACCCGAUCGAGCACAUUGCCAAUGCCAAGAUCCCAUGCGUGGGACCCCAUCCCAAGAACGUCAUUCUUUUGACGUGCGAUGCCUUUGGAGUGCUGCCACCCGUCAGCAAGCUCACGGAUGCCCAAGCCAUGUACCACUUCAUCAGCGGCUACACGGCUCUGGUUGCGGGAACUGAGGUGGGGAUCAAGGAGCCCAAGGCCACGUUCUCGGCUUGCUUCGGCGCCGCGUUCAUCAUGUACCACCCGACCAAGUACGCUGCCAUGUUGGCCGAGAAGAUGAAGCAGUACGGGGCCACAGCAUGGCUCGUUAACACCGGAUGGGUCGGAGGCAGGACAGAGGACUCGAAAGAGUGUGCUCGUGCUCAUCCAUCUGUUCGAUCAAUCAUGGCGGGUGGCGCGGCUCCAGAAGUUUUGAAGCAGCUGAGCGAUGCUGGACUCAACGGACCGCAGAUCCUUUACAACUUGAGCCCUCCUGAGCUGUACGAGCAGGCACUGACGCACGAGAAGGGAUCAUUCAUUACAUCGACGGGAGCCAUCGCCACGCUUUCGGGCGCGAAGACCGGUCGUUCACCCAAGGACAAGCGCGUCGUCAAGGAUGAGACCACCGCUCAGGAGCUCUGGUGGGGAGAAGGCUCGCCGAACAUCGAGAUCGACGAUGCCACUUUCCUGGUCAACAGGGAGCGUACGCUGAAUUACCUCAACUCCUUGGAAAAGGUGUUUGUGAACGAUCAGUUUCUUAACUGGGACAAGCAGAACCGCAUCAAGGUCCGCAUCGUCGCAGAGAGGGCGUACCACUCCCUCUUCAUGAGGAACAUGUGCAUUCGGCCGGAGGCGAGCGAGCUGGAGGGGUUCGUCCCAGAUUUCACCAUCUUCAACGCCGGCAAGUUCCCCGCCAACAAGCUGACCAAGUUCAUGACGACCUCCACUAGCGUGAACAUCAACCUGAAGAGGGCGGAGAUGGUCAUCCUGGGCACGCAGUACGCCGGGGAGAUGAAGAAGGGCCUGUUCGGACUGAUGCACUACCUGAUGCCCAAGCGGGGGAUCCUGUCCCUCCAUUCCGGAUGCAACACCUCGCCCGACGGUCAAGUCUCCGUCUUCUUCGGGCUCUCAGGAACCGGCAAGACAACGCUGUCGGCCGACACCCGUCGUCCUCUGAUCGGAGACGACGAGCACUGCUGGAGCGACAGCGGAAUUUCCAACAUCGAGGGAGGCUGCUAUGCCAAGUGCAUUGACCUCUCAGCGGAAAAGGAGCCGGAUAUCUUCCACGCCAUCCGCUUCGGAACAGUGCUGGAGAACGUCGUCUACGAYGAGAAGACCAGAGUCGUCGACUAUGCCGACAAGUCGAUCACAGAGAAUACGAGGGCGUCCUACCCGAUCGAGCACAUUGCCAAUGCCAAGAUCCCAUGCGUGGGACCCCAUCCCAAGAACGUCAUUCUUUUGACGUGCGAUGCCUUUGGAGUGCUGCCACCCGUCAGCAAGCUCACCGAUGCCCAAGCCAUGUACCACUUCAUCAGCGGCUACACGGCUCUGGUUGCGGGAACCGAGGUGGGGAUUAAGGAGCCCAAGGCCACGUUCUCGGCUUGCUUCGGCGCCGCGUUCAUCAUGUACCACCCGACCAAGUACGCUGCCAUGUUGGCCGAGAAGAUGAAGCAGUACGGGGCCACCGCAUGGCUCGUCAACACCGGAUGGGUUGGAGGCAGCUAUGGCGUUGGCUCCCGAAUGAAGCUCUCACAGACAAGGAAGAUUAUUGACGCAAUCCACGACGGUUCGCUCGAGGUUGCCAACUUCUCCACGACUCCCAUUUUCAACCUUCAAGUCCCGGACAAAGUCAGCGGUGUUCCCGACGAGGUUCUGCGACCAAGGGAAAUGUGGGCGGACAAGGCUGCGUACGACGAGACGUUGAAGAAGUUGGCAGGGCUGUUCAGUAACAACUUCAAGAAAUUCACCACACAUAGUGUGGGCGGCGACGAUGAGCUCACCAAGCGCAUCCUGGCUGCUGGCCCUCAGCUGUAGUUCCGAUUCAGAACCUCUUUUUGGGCGUCUCCUGUCGUCAUAUUCAUUGGGCUCCGUCGCAAUAACUGCUGCCAUCCAACACAUUCAGAUUUCGGCACAGGCUAGCUAUCACGUGACUCAAGCCGUCUAGGAUUAUCCAUUUUGUUUGUCUGCAUGUCUGUAGUAGUACCUAUCACAGCCAUCCACUGCUCUAGUCAAAGCGAGACCUCCACUGCGGUGGGAGUGAAAGGGAUUAUUUCUCCCCCUAGGGAGUGGACAUUCCUUUUCUGCUGUCUCCUGCUUUAGGCAGUUGCUUACAGCGUUUGGACUCUGGAGCAAUCUCCUUGGCCUUUGGCUUUUCGGGAAAGAAGGAAGGAAGGUGUGAAACCGCUGAAGUAGUCGGCGGCAGAUUCUUCUCGAUGAGGUAGGAAAGGAAAAGCAACAUCUUUUUGAAGGCGUCAGAUUAGACUUCGGGUCAGGGAGGGAGAUACUUUGACUCUUUGAGGCACAUGACUAUGAUGAUUGCCUUAGCUUGAAAAUUUGAUUUUGACCUCGAUAUACUUGUGAGCAGCCAACUUCG